AUGCCAGUAUUGGUUUUGGAACAAAACGAAAACGAUUUGCUCGAGUUUGAGACCAAAAUUGAUAAACUACUGCUGAUCGUUAAAUUAUGUUCAAUUAUGGUAGAAAUUGGUAAAUCAUUCAUCAAAGCUAAAAGUAACUUCAUUAACGGCAUUUGGGAUCUAUUGGUCUACUUUAAAGACGACCCAUUGAUUAUAAGUAGCCUAAACCGGAUCGUCCACACGUUGACUGAGCUGUUGAAAUAUGACACAAUACUUAUUGAUCAGGCGAAUCGUGCGGUCGGCAAAAAUAUGUCCACAUUCUUAAGGGAUGACAUCCAUAAAGCAAAGGACACGAAAAGGCAUUUCGACAAAAUGAGCGAUGAAUACGACUCUAUGCUUAACAGACACUCACAGAUUCCCCGCAAUAAAGCCAACGAGUGUGAAGAGGUGUCCAAUCUCUUGACGGCCACCCGUUCCUGCUUUCAACACUUGACUCUCGAUUACGUCACACAACUCUCUGUUCUCAAGAAUAAAAAACGUCACGAAGUACUCGAUUCGGUGAAAUCAAAUUAA